AUGAAGCUCGUAACGACUCUCUGCAGCUCUAUCACUGGCAGCGAGUUGAUAGACUUGAGAAUCCUGAACCGUAUCCAUUCUCCAAGUUUAAUAAGGUUAUCAGCAUUCCCGACUUCACGGAUGAGGAGUAUGAGAAGCAUUUCAAAGUGGAAAAAUGGACACUUGAAGAGACAAGACAUUUGUUCGAUGUUUGCCGACGUUUUGACAUACGAUGGCCAAUCGUGCAUGAUCGGUUCGAUCGAGAGAAGUAUGGAUUGA